UGAGCUCAUAAUCACGUGUCACUUUCCCGGGCAUCGAUCUACAACAGAGUUCGCAUUAGAGAUAUCACCAGAAAUUCCCCAAUCUUCGAACCUAAAAUUAUUAUCGGUUUCAAUGCUCGAUCUGAAUUGAGGAACGUAAAAUCUCAUAAUUUCUACCGAAUAAAAGUUGCCAUUGUUCGUUCUGAAAAUUAACAAAAAAAAAAAAAAAACUGGAGAAGUUGAAGACAAUCGGACUGGAGCUCGCAAUGGGCUCCCAAGGCGGGUUCGGGCAGUCGAAGGAGUUCUUGGACCUGAUCAAGUCCAUCGGCGAAGCCAGAUCCAAGGCGGAAGAAGAUCGCAUUGUUUGCAAUGAGAUCGAGACUCUCAAGCGCCGCAUCAUAGAGCCUGAUAUCCCGAAGCGGAAGAUGAAGGAAUUCAUAAUGCGGCUUGUGUAUGUGGAGAUGCUGGGCCACGACGCUUCGUUCGGCUACAUUCACGCCGUUAAGAUGACGCACGAUGAUAAUUUGCUGUUCAAGAAAACUGGUUACCUUGCCGUGACCUUGUUUCUGAACGAGGACCAUGAUUUGAUUAUCCUGAUUGUAAACACGAUCCAGAAGGACUUGAAGUCGGACAAUUACUUGGUCGUUUGCUCCGCAUUGAAUGCUGUUUGUAAGUUGAUUAAUGAGGACACAAUCCCCGCUGUGUUGCCUCAAGUGGUGGAGCUGCUGGGGCACACCAAGGAGGCUGUUAGGAAAAAAGCUGUAAUGGCGCUUCAUCGGUUUUACCAAAAGUCUCCGUCCUCUAUCCACCACCUUAUCUCCAAUUUCCGGAAGAGGCUCCAUGAUAAUGAUCCUGGAGUUAUGGCUGCUGCACUUUGUCCACUUUUUGAUCUUAUUAAAUCUGACAUUAACUCCUAUAAAGAUUUAGUGGUCAGUUUAGUAAACAUUCUUAAGCAAGUAGCAGAGCGCAGAUUGCCAAAGAGCUACGAUUAUCAUAAUAUGCCUGCUCCAUUCAUUCAGAUCAAAUUGUUAAAAAUUCUGGCACUACUAGGAAGUGGUGAUAAAAAGGCAAGUGAAAACAUGUUUACUAUUGUGGGUGACGUUAUGAGAAAGUGUGAUUUGACAACUAAUAUAGGAAGUGCUAUCCUGUAUGAGUGUAUAUGCUGUGUUUCUUCAAUACAUCCUAGCCCCAAGCUAUUAGAAUCUGCUGCAGAUGCAAUUUCCAAAAUUUUGAAGACUGACAAUCAUAACCUUAAGUAUUUGGGCAUUGAUGCACUUGGUAGAUUGAUAAAGAUUAGUCCAGAAAUUGCUGAGCAACACCAACUAGCUGUAAUUGAUUGCUUAGAGGAUCCAGAUGACACCCUAAAGCGAAAGACCUUUGAGCUGCUUUAUAAAAUGACUAAGUCAUCAAAUGUUGAAGUGAUUGUGGAUCGUAUGAUUGAGUACAUGAUAAACAUAAAUGAUUACCAUUACAGAACGGAGAUAGCAUCCAGAUGUGUUGAACUUGCAGAACAAUUUGCACCAAGCAAUCAAUGGUUCAUACUGACAAUGAAUAAAGUGUUUGAGAAUGCUGGAGAUUUGGUGAACAUGAAGACUGUGCAUAACUUGAUGCGACUGAUUGCUGAAGGAUUUGGAGAAGAUGACAAUACUGCUGAUACUCAGCUGAGAUCAUCUGCUGUGGAGUCAUAUUUGCAAAUCAUGGGAGAGCCAAAACUUCCCUCUGCAUUUCUUCAAGUCAUAUGUUGGGUUUUGGGUGAAUAUGGAACUGCUGGUGGGAAGUAUUCUGCUGCAUAUAUAACUGGAAAGAUAUGUGAUGUGGCAGAGGCACAUUCAACUGAUGACAUAGUCAAGGCCUAUGCAGUAUCAGCGCUUACAAAAAUAUAUUCCUUUGAGAUAGCAGCUGGGAGAAAAGUUGGCAUGUUGCCCGAGUGUCAAUCUUUCGUUGAAGAAUUACUAGCGUCCAACUCAGCAGAUUUACAGCAGCGUGCGUAUGAACUUCAGGGACUCAUCAGUUUAGAUGCUCAUGCUGCUGAAAGCAUAAUGCCAGUGGAUGCAAAUUGCGAAGAUAUUGAGGUUGACAGAAAACUUUCAUUUCUCAAUGGUUAUGUUCAAGAGUCACUGGAAAAGGGUGCUCAACCUUAUAUCCCUGAAAGUGAGCGCUCUGGAAGGAUGAGCCUUGGAAAUUUUAGGAAUCAAGAACGUGAUGGAAAUCCUUCAUGUUCUCUUAAAUUUAAAGCCUAUGAUCUUCCUAAACCAUUGCUGCCAUCAAGGGUUUCUCAAGUUUCACAAGCAUUCUCAACUGAAUUCGUUCCUGUGCAUGAACCAUCUCAUCAUCCCGAAGCCCAUGAAGCUGUUGCUUCAAAAGCAUCUGUUUCUGAUUCUGGUUCAUCAGAAAUCAAGCUUCGACUUGAUGGUGUUCAAAGAAAGUGGGGUAUGCCCACUUAUUCCGCUGUAACACCCUCCACUUCAGACUCUGAAGCUAUUAAGACUCAGAAUGGAGCUACACACAGUGAUGGCAUGAGCAGCAUGAACUCAAAAGCACGCGAGUCAUCUUAUGAUUCAAGAAGGAAGGACAUAGAGAUUGACCCAGAAAAGAAAAAAUUUGCUGCUUCACUCUUUGGGAGCACAUCAACAUCCGAAAGAAGCCGUUCUUCCAGUCAUCAGUCUCUGAAGGCAAAUAACCGUGCAGCAGAAAAGUUUCAUAUGGACAACAAUGCAACAUCUGAUACUGGUGCAGAUAAAACAGCUCCUGAGCCACCUCCGGACUUGCUUGACUUGGGGAACUUACCUAGUAAUAGUGCACCACUAGUCGAUCCUUUCAAACAGUUAGAAGGUCUUGUUGACCUAAACCAAGGUCCUUCAGCUCCAGUUUCUGGUGGUGUUGUGAACAACCUUUCAUCUGGUCCUGGCAAUGCGAAUCUCAUGUCUGAUGGAAAUGGUCACCGAGCAAGUACAAUUCCACAGCCAACACCGUUUUGCAAAGGACCAAAUCAAAGAGAUGCUUUAGAAAAGGAUGCUCUUGUGAGACAAAUGGGGGUUAUGCCGUCAACCGAGAAUCCCAUCUUGUUCAAAGAUCUGCUUGGUUAGACUAUGUCGUGAUGGAUGUAGAAAUUAUAGUUUGAUUGAGAACCUUAUUUUAUAGAUAGCCACACAAUGAUACGGCAAAAACCAACAAGUUGCAAAGGAAUUUGUGGAGAUACUUGGGAUUAAAGUGCCAGAUUUCCUGGAUGGUGGUAAAACCUGGCAUUUGUUUGUAACAUUUUUUGGUAAAUAGGACAGUCAGAAAUUGAGAAAAGGGUAUCAGAAAUGUAGUCUUUCCUUGUGCUUGUUUCUAUCUGUAGGGUUUUGGUGCACUAUCCAAAUCUCAUAGGCCAGCGGCUUGUAUGACAGGUGAGUUAUGAUGUUCAUCAAAAGGUAAAACUGUUUCUACAUAGUUCUUUAUUGCUUCUCGAGGCUGUUGUGCACGGACCCUGUUUCCCCAUGAGGCUUGCUUGUACCUGUUUGUGGAACAAAACCAUACCAAUUUGUAACAUGAGAGAAUCGUUUGUUUGUUUGUUUUUCUUUUUUGGGUUAGAUUUAGACGCAGCUGUAUUGAUUGCUUAGUAAAAAUCCUAGGAAUUCUGUAUUUAGAUCAAAAAAAUUUUUACCAAAUAUUUUACAUGUGAUCAUUGUUACAAUUGUUACACACGAAAUGGUUAGCUCUUUUAUAAGAU